AUGGAGCCUGUGAGUUUUGCUGUCGGUAUAAUCAGCUUGGCCGGCCUGUUCAGCACCUGCCUGGAUGCUGCUGAGCGGGUCGGUGCAUGGCGAGAAUAUGACACGGAUUACCGUGCUCUUCAGGCCCAGUACAAUGCUCAGAAGCUCAGACUUGAGAAAUGGGGCUCAUCCGUUGGACUAAAAGGUCAAGAAAUAUCAGAUCAACACAACGACCUUCUUGGUGAUCCACAAACCAGUGCGACCGUCAAAGGCUUGCUCAUAGCGAUUGAUGGCGUUUGUCGUGGCGAUGAGAAGAUCAUUUCCAAUCAUUCUCAAAAAAAGAAUAAAGAAACUUCAAAACCACCUUUAUUUACGCGAGAACCUCCCCGAGAUUCUAAAAGAGACAAAUUGAAGUGGGCGCUUGGGGCCAAAGCCAAAAGAGUUUCUCAGGUUGGGCUAUUUACAUCUUUGGUAGAAAAUCUUCACCAUUUGAUACCAAUCGAGGAUGAAGAUAAGGGCAAGGAUGGAAAUCUAUCACAUGAUGGAAUACAAGAAAGCAGAGCAUGGAAAGAAGAGCUCCAAGCAUUGCUGCAAAGAAUCGAGGCUGAAAUGAAAGAUGAAAUACGGCGCGAUAUUCACGCGUGGCUCAUUGGUUCUACUUCUCCCAACGAACUCUGUGAAACACUUAUUGAGAAACGCAUUGAAGGCACAUGCGAUUGGCCUCUAGACAGGCCAUGGUUUCUCGAUUGGGCGUCAUCUAUAUUCCCUAAUGACCGAGCGAAAAUCCUCUGGAUUAACGGACCUGCGGGUUUUGGAAAAUCAAUCAUCUGUGCAAGUAUAAUUCACAGCUUGUCAUCACAACUUGAAGACCCAUUAGGCCACUUUUUUCUUUCGUCCGAUUUUGAGGACCGAAAUGAUCCUUUUUUCGCCAUAAGGUCAUGGCUCGCUCAAAUCUUGCGUAAACCAGAGGUAUUCGCAUUGGUUCAUGAGAUAUGGUCCGCCGAUUCAGAACACCCUGUGAAGGCGAGUCGUGGCGAUACGCUGAGGCUUCUCCACAAGGUCGUUAUGGCCAUACCACGGUGCACAUUCGUGAUAGAUGGUCUAGAUGAGUGUUGUUGGUCUGGUGAUGGGCAAGCAUCCCAUGAUGAUAAUCCCAUUCUCGAAUUUCUGAGCGCCCUGAAAAAAGCGGUUGUCGGCACCUCUACCCGAAUUCUAAUAGUCAGUCGUGACGAACCAGAGAUUCGGAGCUGUCUUUCAGAAGACCUAGGGACUCAAAAUGCCUCCGUUUAUCAGUACAAGAUUCGACCCGAAGAUGUACAUUCUGACGUGGAGGCGUUUUCACGCAGCGUGGUAAGCAGGAAGCUAUCCUCCAGGCCAGCCGCAUCACGGGAAGAUAUUGCUCAAAAGCUGGCCGAGCAAUGCAACGGACAAUUUCUCUGGAUCAAAAUGCAGGAAGAUCACCUACGAAGUGGGAAAAGUCAAAAGAAACUUGAACAGGCAAUCAGUUCCACUCCGCCUGGACUUGAGCAUACAUACGACCGAAACUGGAAGAGAAUUUCUAACUUGCCAGGAGAAGAUCGAGAGAGAACGAUCAAAUUGCUCCGAUGGGCUGCAUUUGCUUUCCGGCCACUAUCAGUCUCCGAGAUGACUGGUGCAUUGUCGGUUGACCGCGAUGGCGACGAAGUCCAAUUGGACGAACUUCCGGACUCAAUUGAUGAGGAUUAUAUCAAUACCGAAAUUAUUCAGCUUUGUGGAUCUCUUGUCGAAAUCCGAGCCUCGCAUGUUGAAUCUCAGCCUGGACUGAGAACGAUCCACUUGGCCCAUUUUUCUGUCAAGGAGUAUCUACUUUGCAAUCUUCCCGGGCAAGGAGGGCUGCUUCAGGCCAACAACAGACUGAACAAGUCUAUCGAAGUCAUGGAAAACACAUUUCUGGCAAAGAUGUGCCUUUGUUAUGUGGAUUGCGAGUAUGUGUGGCAAGAGACGUCCGAUGAUAAAACAAACCAAAUGCUUGGCUCGUUUCGGGAAUACGCCGCCAGAUUCUGGCAUAAUCAUGCGCAUAUUGGAGAUAUACACGAUGGUGAUUUAGUAAAACGCAUCAACCAUCUUUUCGAUACCCAGAAUUCAAAUUGGGGUGCCUGGAAAGAUUGGUUUGAUCAAGAUGAAGUGGCUGAGUCAGAAGACUCAGAUGAUUCAGAUGAAACAGAUGAUCCAGAUGAAACAGAUGAUCCAGAUGAAACAGAUGAUCCAGAUGAUUCAGAUGAUCCAGAUGAUUCAGAUGGCUCUCAGAGCGAAGGCGGGCAGGCACCAUCGAACGCAACCCACCCAACUUCAUCAACAAACCCUUUGUACUAUGCGUCCUUCCUCUGUUUGACCGAAACAACAGAAUUUCUAUUAAAGAAAAAGUUUGCCGUCGAUGAGAAGGGUAGCUCCGGGUUCACACCGUUGAUGGCAGCAUGCAGCAUGGGAAGUCUGGAGAUCGUGAAGCUGCUGAUUGAUAAUGGGGCCGACUUGACCAUAAAGUCAACUGUCGAUGAUGCGGUUGAUGCUCUUGUGAUAGCAUCGGGUAAAGGGCACUAUGAGCUGACCAAGUUACUUCUGCAAAAUUCGGCCAAUCUCGCGAUCAAUAGUGCACUUCAUUGCGCUGUACAUCGAUGUCGAGUCCAGGUAGCUCAACUGCUUCUCGAUUCGGGGGCAGAAUGCAAUUUUAAGUCCGGCCCAUCACUAGAGACCCCAAUCAAAGUUGCUUGUUUCAAAGGCCAUAUAGAGUUGACUCAGUUGCUUAUAAGCAAGGGGGCGGAUAUUGAGCUGCCGGGCAUUUAUGGAACUACGCCGCUACAUGACGCCGCUGGUGGUGGACAUGCCGAAAUCGCACUUAUAUUGAUAAGUCAUGGGGCAGAUAUCAAUCGGCAGGAUGAGGAUGGCUGGACACCGGUGAUUGUUGCUGCGUCUGAAGGCAAUCUUGAGAUUGUAAAGUUGCUUAUUGAAAACGGUGCUGACAUUGAGGUUUCAAGUGAAGACGGUGAAACAGCUCUCUUUCAUGCUGCUCUUUAUGAUCACACAGAGAUAGUUCGUCUGUUACUUGAUUACGGAGCGAAUCUUGACUGCCAGAAUGCAGAGGGCGAAACACCGGUGAUUUUUGCUGCGUCUGAAGGCAAUCUUGAGAUUGUAAAGUUGCUCAUUGAAAAGGGUGCUGACAUUGAGGUUUCAAGUGAAAACGGUGAAACAGCUCUCUUUCGUGCUGCUCUUAAGGACCAUGUAGAGAUAGUCCGUCUGUUGGUUGAUCACGGAGCUAAUUUUGACUGCCAGAGCAAACUUGGUUGGACACCAGUGAAUAUUGCUGCAGACCUCGGCUUUUCUGAGAUUGUGGAACUACUUAUUGGAAAGGGUGCUGAUUUUGAGAUUCGAACUAAGACAGGUGCUACGGCUCUCUAUUCUGCUUCUGCAAUGGGACAUGAGAAUAUUGUUCGUCUAUUGAUAGAGCAUGGGGCAGAUACCACAGCUCAGCGUGCUAAUAAAUUUACAUCGAUCCAUGCUGCAUCAAGAGGUGGAUUCUUGGAAAUCGUGCAGAUGCUACUUGAAAAAGAAGCCGAUAUCCAUGUUCCCGAUGAUCAAGGUCGGACCGCCCUUAUGGGUGCUUCUGCAAAGGGAAACCCAGGAAUCGUUUCCUUACUACUCAAACACGGAGCAGAUGUUAACGCCGCGACUUCUCGUGGACAUACGCCUUUAAUUGUCGCUAUUCAAAGAAAUCAUGUCGAGGUUUUCAAGCUUCUUCUCGAGGCAGGAGCUGAUAGCAUCUACAGCAGUGGGAAACCUUCGGCUCUGUCACUUGCAAUGCACCGAGAUAAUCUCGAGAUGGUCAAAAUUCUUCUUGAACACAAUUCUGAUACCAUGACGGUGGAUGAUGAUGAAGAAGCCCUGAUUUGGGCGUCAGCAAAAGGGCAUUCGGAAUUCACGAAGCUUCUCCUCGAGAAAGGCGUGAGCAGUCACCCCAGAAUUCGUGGUACUCUAACUCCAUUGAUGCUAGCUUCAGGUGGCGGCCACCUGGGCAUUGUUAAGUUACUCAUCGAUAACGGUGCCGACACUGCAGCAUCGAGUACUGAAGGCUGGACGGCGGUACACUUUGCCUGUAAGUCCGGCUCUCUGACAAUUGUCGAGCUCCUUCUUGAGAACGGUGGAGCGGUCAAUGUUUCAGAUGCGGAUGGGUUCUCUCCACUACUUGUCGCAUCUGAAAAUGGUCAUCUAGAUGUGGUGAAAUGCCUCAUUGAUAAGGGUGCCGAUAUUACUACGUCUGGCAAUGAAGGAAGCACAGCAUUACACUUUGCCUGCCAAAAUAGCCAUCUAGAUGUGGCGAAAUACCUCGUUGAUAAGGGUGCCGAUAUUACUAUAUCUGACAAUGAAGAGUGGACAGCAUUGCACUUUGCCUGCCAAAAUGGCCAUCUAGAUGUGGUGAAAUACCUUGUUGAUAAGGGUGCCGAUAUCACUACAUCUGGCAAUGAAGGAUGCACAGCAUUGCACUUUGCCUGCCAAGAUGGCCAUCUAGAUGUGGUGAAAUACCUUGUUGAUAAGGGUGCCGAUAUCACUACAUCUGGCAAUGAAGGAUGUACAGCAUUGCACUUUGCCUGCCAAGAUGGCCAUCUAGAUGUGGUGAAAUACUUCGUUGACAAAGGUGCCGAUAUCUCCAUAUCUGACAUCAAAGGGCGGACCGCAUUACACUUUGCCUGCCAAGAUGGCCAUCUAGAUGUGGUGAAAUACUUCGUUGACAAAGAUGUGGCGAAAUGCCUCGUUGAUAAGGGUGCCGAUAUUACUACGUCUGGCAAUGAAGGAAGCACAGCAUUGCACUUUGCCUGCCAAAAUGGCCAUCUAGAUGUGGUGAAAUACCUCGUUGACAAAGGUGCCGAUAUCUCCAUAUCUGACAUCAAAGGGCGGACCGCAUUGCACUUUGCCUGCCAAGAUGGCCAUCUAGAUGUGGCGGAAUACCUCGUUGAUAAGGGUGCCGAUAUUACUACAUCUGACAAUGAAGGAUGCACAGCAUUGCACUUUGCCUGCCAAGAUGGCCAUCUAGAUGUGGUGAAAUACCUUGUUGAUAAGGGUGCCGAUAUCACUACAUCUGGCAAUGAAGGAUGUACAGCAUUGUACCUUGCCUGCCGAAAUGGCCAUCUGCCAAUUGUCGAAUUUCUUCUUGGCAGCGGGGGAGAUAUCCAUAUUACAGCCAUACAUGGUUACUCUUUAUUACAAAUUGCAUCCCGAAAUGGCCACCUAGAUGUGGCGAAAUGCCUCGUUGACAAGCGUGCCGAUAUCUCCAUAUCUGACAUUGAAGGGCAGACCGCAUUGCACUUUGCCUGUCUAAACGAGCAUUUGCCAAUUGUCGAACUUCUUCUGGAAUCGGAGGCAGAUUUCCAGGUUCGAGAUCAUGUUGGAAUGUCACCUUUGCACUUGGCUUCCUUCAAUGGCAAUCUUCAGAUCGUGAAGCUUCUAAUCAAGGUGUUGGUAGAUCACAAUCCAGAAAAGCCUACAGGUGAGAGCCCUUCUGUAUCGAAUGCUCCCUUCGUUUUGCACUGUAUUAAUAUCCAUCAAUCAGCUUAUAUUUUUGAUUUUCUGGACGUCUACAAUCGUACCCCAUUAUUCUACGCUGCUAGUAAUGGUAACAAAGAUGUGGUCAAGGUUCUUCUAUCAAAUUCAUCUGCAAGUAUUAGAGAUCGUUACGGUGCCACCCCUCUUUGCGUCGCAGUCAGGAAUGGCCACGUGGAUGUGGUUAAACAAUUGAUCACUUUCGCUAAAGAAAAAAGCGACUUUGAAGACGGCUUCGGACGAAAUCUGCUUUGGUGGGCGGCGGGUUCUGGAGAAGAUACCAUGGUCGACAUUGUGUGCCAAUUCGCUCAAGAAAUCGGCAUCGAAGCUCCCAAGACUAGUGAAGGGAAAGAGUGCGUGGUUGUCAAAUUGAGAGAUGAGUCUGCUAAUCUGUACUGCACUAUCUGCACUCGAGACAUCGAUGGUUCUUACCUGAAAUGUCAGACUUGUGCAUACUUCUACGCUUGCCUUCAGUGUGCCGGGUUCAAGGUAGAGUGUUUCGAUUCUUCUCAUACGUGGAAGCUCCAAGAGCUAGAUUCCCCAGGUGAUUCUGGUGAGAAGGAGGAUAACGAUGAGGACCCCCAGUGA